GAAAUUUAGCUUUCAAUUAAAUAAAUAUAAAUAUAUAUAUAUAUAGCUUAAAAUCAAAAGUUUCCUCCAACAAGAAAUGGCGAUAGCUGAAGAAGAAGCUGCACUUAUAGAAGAUUCCGUCAGCGACUCCGUUGACCACCGUGGACUUCCCGCCGGAAAAUCUUCCACCGGCGGAUGGAGAUCCGCCUGGUACAUUAUAGGUGUGGAAGUUGGAGAAAGAUUCGCUUACUUUGGGAUUGCUUCCAACUUAAUUACUUACCUCACCGGACCUCUCGGACAAUCAACGGCCACUGCCGCCGUGAACGUGAACACAUGGUCAGGAACUGCCUCCAUGCUUCCUGUUUUAGGAGCUUUCAUUGCAGAUGCUUAUCUUGGUCGUUACCGUACCAUUGUUGUUGCUUCCCUCAUCUACAUACUUGGACUAGGACUAUUGACCUUAUCGUCUAUCUUAAUCCUAAUGAGAAUAACUGAGCAACGCAACGAUGCUUCUCCUAAACCGUUGUUUUGGGUGAAUUUAUUAUUCUUUUGUUCUCUGUAUUUGGUGGCGAUCGGACAAGGCGGACACAAGCCGUGUGUUCAGGCGUUUGGUGCGGACCAGUUUGAUGUGGAAGAUCCAAAGGAGAGAAUAAGUAGAGGAUCGUUUUUCAAUUGGUGGUUCUUGAGUUUAUCCGCGGGAAUAACUUUGUCUAUUAUCGUGGUGGUUUAUGUUCAAGACAAUGUUAAUUGGGCGCUUGGGUUUGGGAUCCCUUGUUUGUUUAUGGUUAUGGCUCUUGCUCUCUUUUUGCUUGGGAGAAAAACUUAUAGAUACCCAAGAGGAGAUCACGAGGAGAAGAAGAACGCUUUUGCGAGAAUCGGUAGAGUUUUCUUGGUGGCGUUCAAGAAUCGGAAACUGAAGUUAACACAUUCGGGUCAGUUGGAAGAUGGUUCGUCCAAGAAAUGUAAAGGACGGCUUGAGUUCCUAGCAAAAGCGUUGCUAUCAGGAGAAGGAGGUGCAGAGCCAUGUAACAGUAGUGAUGUGGAAGACGCGAUGGCUUUGGUAAGGCUUAUUCCGAUAUGGAUCACAUCGGUGGUGAGCACGAUUCCUUACGCUCAAUAUGCUACUUUCUUCACAAAGCAAGGCGUUACGGUAGACAGAAAAAUCUUGCCGGGUUUGGAAAUCCCUCCGGCUUCUUUUCAGGCGCUAAUCGGUUUAUCGAUUUUCAUCUCAGUUCCGACUUAUGAGCGUGUUUUCCUUCCGUUAGCUAGAUUGAUUACCAAAAAGCCUUCAGGGAUCACAAUGCUACAGAGAAUAGGAGCUGGAAUGGUGCUCUCUAGCUUAAAUAUGGUGGUUGCAGCAUUGGUAGAAAUGAAACGGCUCGAGACGGCUAAGGAACAUGGGCUUGUGGAUAGACCGGACGCAACCAUCCCAAUGUCCAUAUGGUGGUUCGUUCCUCAGUAUUUACUACUCGGGAUGAUCGAUGUAUUCUCACUAGUAGGUACUCAAGAAUUCUUCUACGACCAAGUCCCCACGGAGCUGAGGAGUAUUGGUCUCGCACUUUCUUUGAGCGCGAUGGGUCUUGCCAGCUUCUUGAGUGGUUUUCUAAUCACUGUGAUUAAUUGGGCUACCGGUAAAAAUGGCGGCGAUAGCUGGUUCAACACUAACCUGAACCGAGCCCAUGUCGAUUAUUUUUACUGGUUGCUUGCCGCUUUCACCGCCAUUGGGUUCUUGGCGUUUUUGUUCUUCUCCAGGCUGUAUGUGUAUCGCCGGGUAGAUCAAAUCUAAGAAUAUAAAAUUCAACGUGUAUC